AUGGCGUCGCCCAUGACAACUGGCAGCCCGGCCGCCUAUGGCUGGCCGCCGGCACCGCCGAACCAGCAGCCGCAGGGCCCCAUGCCUGCUAACGACGCCGACGAGAUGGGCAUGCAAGUGCGGCCAAUGGCCUUGAAAGUGCUCUACACCUUCGACAAGGACAGCCGCGUCAACUGCCUCGCCCGCUGGCCCCACACCCUGCAGGUCCAGGUUGUGCCCCUCGACGAGCAGAGCUGGAUCGGCAUCGUCGACCUCCGCCUCUGCAUCCAGGCUAUUGCCCAAGGCAGCCCCGAGCUCGCGUCCCAGACCGUCCUGGACUACGCCAUCUACGCCGUCGACUACUCCGAGCCCGACACGCCCCUGGUCGGCCAGGGCAUGCUGUCGUGGGUCAUGGACCCCGCCGCUGCCGUGGCCGCCCAGCAGUUUGACGAGGGCCCCAAGAUGGUCACCGGCCGCGUCACAAAGAACAUGAUGGCCCUGUUCGGCAAGGGCGUGCGCGAGACCCUCGAGGUGCGCCUCAAGCUGUCCGAGGUCUCCCGCAUGGCCCGCACCGACAGCAACAGCGGCCACCGGGGCAGCGGCAACGGCAUGAAUGCCACCAGCCAGGGCCAGGGCCAGGUGCACAACGCCCCGACGCCCACCGACACCUCCGAGUGGAACUCUUUUCUCCAGGCCAACCCCAUGCUCGGCCGGUCUGCAAGCAUAUCGACCAUGCAGUCGCCGAGCCUGGCCCCGGUGCUCCCCGACAUGUCUGCCUAUCCGCCCAGCAUGUCCACUGGUAUGGCUGCUGGCUCCUUUGACAUGGGGCCCCGUGCUGUGUCGCGGCCCGGCUCACGGCCAAACUCUCGCCAGUCCUCCAAAUCCGCCGUCGCUCCUUCUCAUCCUCCCGUCCGUGCUGGCCCUCCACCACUCGCACCGCAUUCGUCACAGCAGCAGCAGCAGCAGCAGCAGCCUGGAUCUGCCUUCCCGUCGGUCUCACCGCCACCAAUUGCCAUGGCAAACGACGAAGUCAUGUCGGCCUCCACCCCGCCGCCUGAGACGAACGGCCGGCCAGCACGUCCUGCCCGGCCACCACGCUCCCGCUCACGGGUACGAGUGCCCACCGGCCGCCCACGCGGCCGUCCACGCAAGUCGCAAUUGACGGACGGCAACACGUCGGCUGCUGAGGAGGCGCCGACCGAUGCCGACGGUGACGAUGCGCAUAAGAAGAAGCGCGUCAAGACGACAAAGGCGGACUACCCCACCCGGACAUCCCUCGACUCAGCACCCGACUCGCUUCGCGUCGCCGCGAGCACGUCGGGCGCUCUGCGCACACUGCGGCCGGUCCUGCCGCAGCCUCCCUCGACCGACGGCCCCUCCGCACCAGGCUCCCAUCUCCAGGAGCUCCCGCGUGCACCCACUCCUGUGCCACAGGGCGGCGGGGCCCCGGGCCAACACCAUGCGCGCAAGUUGAUGGCCCAAAGGGCCCGGCGGGAGUCCUUGGCCAACCUCGAACCCUCUUCGUUCGCAGACUCGUAUGCUCGCUCGUUGCCCGCAGGCUCACCCACCGAUUCGAUGGCACCAUCUCCAGAGAACUACACGCCGGAGAACAGCCCGCCUGAGAUGAAUUCGUCCCCCCCGGUCCCUCGUACUACGAGCUACGUACCGCAGUCGAGCCCCAUCCCGUCCAGCCCGCCCCUGCCUGCUAUGCGCAUGCCACCACCUGAUUCCGGGUUUAUGAGCGGCGGCAUGGAGGAUCUCCUCUUCGGCGAUGAUGAAAACGCGAUGCUGAACGACAAGUUCCUGCCACCACCGACGCCCAUAGAGACCGCCGCGCCGACGCCAAACAUGGAGUUCUCGCUGCCCCUGCCGCCACCGACAGGCUCCGCUGAAACGGGCCCGUUGCCACCAGCAGCUGCGCCUGUGCCGUCUUUGACGUCUUCGACAUCGUCAGCCUCUUCUUCGACGCGGUCGCCAAAACGGACGAACCGGACCUCCAACAAACGGUCCGCGCCAAACGCCGCGAACAAUUCGGAGCAGUACCCGUUCCUGGCUAUGAUCCCAGGACCGCCGGAGCUCCUCCCCACCACCGUCUUGUACAACCCUCCCCAGCCGAAGCCACGCGCAGCGAAACCCCCGCGAGCCAACAGCAUGGUCGCACGAGCUCCGCCUCGGCCACUGGAACGGUCCCAUUCGGAACCUGCACACCCCGCUUCCCUGCCAGACCAGCUGCAGGCCGAUGCCCAGGCUGAACAGCGGCCACUGUCACAGCUUCGCCACCAAUCGAUUUCGCUACCGACGGACGGCGACAAGGAUGCCGAUGCCAGCAAGACUGACACUUCGCAGCUUUCGCAGCUUGACAUCCACGAUGACAUCAAGGAGCUGUCGAAGCUGAUCACUGCAACGCACGAGAGUCCCGCUGCGACACCAUCCGAGGCGCCAAAGUCGCCUCAAACACAGCCGACUCUGCCCCAACAGCCAGCAGCCGAAAUGGCGAGAUUUAUGAGCUCACUGCCCCCCCUGCCCUUCCCGUCCGUGCCCACCACCGUGCCGGCUAGCGACCCUGUGGGACUGCCGCCGUUGACUCUUCCUGCGCCGCCGCCACCACCGACUGCGUUCUCCGAAGCACCGUGCCCGCCUAGUGAUGCAGACGUGCCCAGCGGACGCUCCAACAAAAACCUCGUUCGCAAGGCUGCCAUCCGCGAACGGCUUAAAAAGGCCAUUCAGAGCGGUGAAAUGCCCCCAUACUGCCAAAACUGUGGUGCCAUCGAGACGCCCACAUGGCGCAAGAUGUGGACGCAGGAGCACGAGGGCGAGCCGGGCUAUUACAAUUUCCAAGACCAAAACUGCCCCAUCACGUUUAUUGAAAUCCUCGAGCGCGACGCGGAGGGCAGAUCCACCCGGUACCGUCUUGUCCGGAAAUCCUUGAACAGCCACGAAAAUGGGAAGCUCUGGACACAGAUGCUUCUCUGCAACCCCUGCGGUAUUUGGGUCGGCAAAUUUAGGAGCCACCGGCCUCGCGACCGGUGGGACAAGGAUUUGGACCGCCUCGAACAGACCCGGACGAAUUUCAAGACGUCUCGCCCGCGCAAGUCUCGGGCCAAGAGUGACCCGCAGACCCAGCUGACGUCCGAGGCGUACUUGACUACGGAUCCGGCAGGCCCCGAAGACAACGGCCCGCCCGCCAACGCGAAGGUCCCCCACAUUGAAAUUCUUGACACGCCCCCGCCUACGGAUCCCAAUGGCACAAAGCUGCACAAGCUCCUACCCGCACCGCCUGCGGCACCACUACCUCCUCCUCCGCCUCCAGCAUCGACGACAACUUUCCCGAAGCCGCCGGCGACAACUGCAGAGUCGAACAAGCGAGCCGAGAACGAGAACGAGAAUCCAAACAACUCGGCCUUGGGCGAGGAGCGCUCCCGCGGUGACAGCUCCAAUGCAGCGUCGUUGCAGCAGCCGGAUUUUCUGGCAGGGUCUAACCAGGAACCUGCCUCGGGCGGUGGAGGCUCUGCUGAGCGACGCCGUGGUGGACCUGGAUCGACGCAUUCGCGAGGCAGCGGCACAGCCGACAGCCCGAUUGCUGUGGACGACCAGUUUGGAACCACCCGUCGCCUCCUCUUCCCCUCACCUCGCAAAGAAGGCGUUCUUAAGGUGCUCGGCGAGCUGGCCGUGAAUGUGAUAGGAACCGUUCUCGGUUCGCCCAAGGCCAAGGCCAACCCGUCCAAGUUUGAAGACACUGCGCGGUCCGGGGCGAAGCUGAGUGGCGAGGCUCAUGCGAGGAUCGACGGCGCUCAGGAUGCCGACGACAUGGAGGACCUCUUUGGCACGCCGCCGCCGCCAACGGCACGACCCUCCACCCCCCCACCCAACACGAGCAACAGUCGGGAAUCGCCCGCGUUUGCCUCGGGCCCGUUUAAGACACCAACGCGGCCGACGCCCAGCCACCGGCCGAUUACGAGAAGCGUCUCGAAAUCCAUCGUGCGCUCGACGACGGCCACUACCGGCGCUGGCCCCCAGUCCCCUGUGUUGGAAGGUCUCAUGCUCUUGGCGCAGCGCACGCCAUCCAAAACACCUCGCUCCGUCCCUGUCCCUGGCAGCGCCAGCCGGCAGCGUCGCACAGCCUCGGUCACGCCUGCACGUCUGCAGCGGCAGCAGCAGCAGCAGCAGUCGCUUCACGUGCCUCUGCAGCUAGACGGCGUGCCGUUUGACACACCCUUCACCUCGACGCUGAACCAGCUGCUGUCCGAGGCCAACGACUUCACGACGGGCUCUCCGUCGCAUGGGCUCACGGACCUGGACUUGGCCACGUUUGCGAACCUCGACAGUGAUGGCCUGACGGCCAACUUCGGCAGUGUGGCCGACGACCUCGACUUUGGCUCGUACUUGGACACGGACCUGGUGAUGCCGAGCUCGUCGCCGCUGGUCAACCGUAAGAACGGCGGCGGCAGCCACAAGCACCACAGCGACCAGCUCGUGUCUAUGGGCGGCGAGGUGUCCUUUGAGGCCAGCGAGUCCCUGUGGAGCGAUUUCAACGAUGCCAUGGAUGCUGAUGUCUGA